GGCCUCUUCGGUGCCUCCUUCCGGGGUGGGCGUGGCCUGGCGUCCCGUCCGCCAUGGUGUUCGAGGAGUUCUCUGCGCGGGGCUUCGCGGAGUUCGAGCGCGCGGCCGCGGAGCAGGCCAAGAAGCGCGGGCGCGGCCUCGUCUUCGUUUACUUCAGCGGCGACAAGGACGAGGCCACGGGGACGAGCUGGUGCCCGGACUGCGUCAAAGCGGAGCCCAUCGUGCGGAAGGAACUGACCCACCUCCCCGACGGCGCCGCCUUCAUCUACUGCCAAGUCGGGCCCCGCGAAUACUGGAAAAACCCCAACAAUGAAUUCAAGAAGAAACUGAAGCUCACCGGAGUGCCUACGCUGCUCAAAUACGGGACGCCGGAGAAGCUGGUGGAAGAGGAGUGCUUCAAGCCGGAUCUCAUCCGGAUGCUCUUCGCGGACGACAGCUGAGCUGUUUCUGCUUGGAAAAGCCCACAAAAAUGAGGUUGCGCAUCAAUAAAACCACAAACCGCAUCAAUAAAAUUAACAAACGGCGUCAAUAAAAUCAUCAAAACGGAA